UCAAGCAAGAUUAGGCUGAUAUUGACGUUGAACCAAAGCAGGCGUUCAACUUGAAGGUUCAGAUCAGCAGAAUAAGGCUUGAGUCUCAACCAUGGCCGAGGUCCAGGCCAAGCUGCAGUCCCUUUCCGAGGAGUAUCAGAAACUUCAGCAGGAUCUCCAAAACACAGUGGCUUCACGCCAAAAGCUGGAGGGCCAGAGACAGGAGAACCUCGGAGUGCAAAAGGAAUUUGAAAACAUCGGCGACGAUGAGAUCAUCUACAAGUUGGUAGGACCUGUCUUGCUCAAGCAGGAAAAGUUUGAGGCCGAGAGCACCGUCAAGGGCCGGCUGGACUUUAUUGGGAGCGAAAUCACAAGACUGGAGGGACAGAUCAAGGAGACUCAGGCCAACAUCGAGAAGAAGAAGACUGAGAUUAUUCAGAUCCAGGCGGGAGCGCAGGCGGCCGUUGGCGGACAAUAGACAGC